ACACCACAAUUAAUAACAAUUAGAUGGGUAACCAUUGGACCACCUCAUCUCAAUAUCUUCAGGACCUUGUUUUAGCAACAUUUACAGGCCAAGCAUCAUAUCUCUCUCUCCUCACUCACAACAGUUCGUUUCCAGAUUACAGAGCAGAUCUGGUUGCUGCUACUAGAAUUUAAUCAUUUUAUUUCGGGGGAGAGAACCAGGCUGGCCCACCAAACAGACUUCAUCUGAAAAAAGUCCCCAAAACACUCCUACUUACGAUCACUUCCUUCUCGGGAUUCGUUAGUUUCCCUACAAAGAUCCUCUUCAUCGAUCUACUACUAUUUUCUAUUUAAUUUACUUUAUCAAAUCCCCAUAACUCGUGAAUAUUGCUGCUUAGCAAUAAACAAAUUCAUGAGCGUGCCAACAUUUUUAUAUCAAAUUUUUUCAUAAAAUUAAAGUGCUUGCUAGCUAGUAGCAACUCAUGUGGCGGCUAGCUUGUAGUACAUGUAGCAGGCAAACCAAGAUCGAUUCACUAGUACUUUCUGUUGCUGAUCAUGGUCCUUCAUGUAGUAGAGAAGCUACAUAGAGAGUGAAAGAAAGAGAAAGCCAUUAUAUCAAUGAUGAACAUGGCAAUUGCAUGAAGUAGUCAUCAUCAUAACCCCUAUCUGGUCUUCUAUUUCUGUUCAAGUAUUUCUCAUCUUAAUUUCUCUUCCUAGGUUGGUUGUCACACUUUUUGUGCUGGCUUAUUAAAAGAACUUCAACUCUAAGAAAAGAGAAACAAGAACCUCCCACUUACCACCACCAUCGUCGCCGCCACCAACCACCACCGUGAGUAUCAGUUUUCAUAUAUGUCUCGACAACUCUGUGAAGAAAAAGCAAGGGACAUGGUGUCAUCUACUGGAUUCUGUUACUCAGAUCAUGUUCAACCAGGUAACCAAACGAUGCAAAACCAUCUGGCGAACCAGAUCCAUGGCUUUGUUUCUGAUCCGGAGAUGUACAACCUCACCACCGGCAUGGAAAUGAUAGGGUUUCACAAGAAUCUUCUUCAUCAGCAGCAGCAACAACAGAGUGAUCAUCAGAACAAUAAUAGCGCUGUAUGGAAAAGUUUCUUCGCCAAACCCGGUACUCCUCCUUCUUCUUCCAAGAACAUGAACGAGUCCUGCAGUAAUUUCUAUGAACACCAUGGAUACAGUACUAACAACAAAGCACCAGAUUUCACAUCAGGGGUUUCUGAAACAAGCACUACUAGUGAGAAUCUAAUCAUGGGAGCUCAUGAUUCAUGGCAAGAUGAGAAUCAUCGAUUGAUGGUGGAUGAUUCUUCUUUGAGGUCUGUUUUCCCUUACCAUGAAGGAAACAACAACAAAAGGCCUAGUCAAGGACUUUCACUCUCUCUCAACUCAACCAACCCUUCCAGAAUCGGUUUGCAAUCUUUUGAGCUGAGACAGACAAGCCAAAGUACAGCUGGUUUCACUUCCCCAAGUUCUGAUUCUUCCAGGGAGGGGUAUUUUGCAAAAUCAACAAUUUCUCAGCAACAACAGAUGCUAUUGCAAGAAGAUCAGUAUUUGAGUUCCAAAGCUGCAAAUAUUUACCAUGGACAUUUCUUGCUCAAGAACUCAAGGUACUUGGAACCAGCACAAGAGAUUCUGAACGAGUUUUGCAGUCUAGACAUAAAGCAAAACCAUGUGUUAAACCAAAAGUCUCAAAAGAACAAGGAGUGGGAAGAGGACAAUGGUGGUGGAUCCUCAAAGAAGCCCUCUCUUACCUCUCUAGAGUUUUCUGAACUGCAAAAGAGAAAGACCAAGCUGCUUGCUAUGCUUGAAGAGGUUGAUAGAAGAUACAGGCACUACCGCAACCAGAUGAAGGCGGUGGUUUCCUCAUUUGAAGCCGUGGUCGGCAACGGGGCAGCUACGGUGUACUCAGCCUUAGCAUUGAAGGCCAUGUCAAGGCACUUCAGGUGUUUGAAGGAUGGGAUAUUGAGUCAGUUAUUGGUCACGAGGAAAACAUUGGGAGAGAAAGAUCCUGUUGCACCGGGUACAACAAGAGGUGAAACGCCAAGGCUCAAAGUCAUUGACCAAGCACUGAGACAGCAAAGGGCGUUUCAGCAAAUGAACAUGAUGGAAACUCAUCCAUGGAGACCACAACGGGGCCUUCCAGAACGUUCCGUUUCAGUUCUUCGCGCUUGGCUCUUUGAGCAUUUUCUUCACCCGUACCCAAGCGAUGUUGAUAAACAUAUUUUAGCCCGCCAAACUGGUCUCUCCAGAAGUCAGGUUUCAAAUUGGUUUAUCAAUGCAAGGGUGAGGCUUUGGAAGCCAAUGGUGGAAGAAAUGUACUUGGAGGAGGUGAAGGAGCGAGAAAACAACAUGGCUUCCUCGGAGGGUGCUAAUACCGACCCUGAAGAUGUUCAUCACAACCCGCCUCAUUCAUCGGAGGAUCAAAAACCAACGCCGGAACACCUCGUUGGAAUUGACUCCGAGUGCGCCUCCUCCAUCAUCAACAACAAUAACCAAGAACACAAAAAUGAAUUACCAGAUAAGCACAUGAUUCAUCAGCAAGAACAAUGCUUUGGCUCGGUGGAGCUUGACUUUUCAUCUUACACUCCGCACCAUUCAUCAGGCAUGGUUUCUUACAAUGAUGAGAACGGGAGCCAGCAGAGUAAUUUCAACGGUGGUGGUCGCAGUGGUGGUGUGUCUUUGACACUAGGGUUGCAACAACAUGGAGGAAGUGGAGUGAGUUUGGCGUUUCCGCCACCAACUCAUCAAAGCUCGCUGUUCUACUCAAGGGACCAAAUUGAAGAUUGUCAACCGGUUCAGUACUCUCUCUUGGAUGGUGAAGGACAAAAUUUACCAUACAGGAAUUUGAUGGGGGCACAACUACUCCAUGAUUUGGCAGGAUAGAAAGCUAGCUAGGAAAGAUCAUGAUCUUCUUAAUUAAGAUGGGUAAGUAAAUGCAUUUUGGAAAUCAUUUAGAAGUAAAUUUAAAAUUAAAAUCAAUUCGUAGGAGAAGUCUCUUCUAUGAGUAGUAUCUGCUGGCUAGAUGCCAUAAUUGAUUAUGAAAAAUUAGAUAAUGAUCCAAAUAUGCUACAAUUCAGUAUGAUUGGUUACAUUUACCAAGGUAGGUAGGAAAUUAAAUAUAUACGAACAAUAUAAUGUUUCCAUACAUAAAAGCUACACUUGGGUUCUAAAAGGUAUAGUUUAAACAUGUGUAUUCAUGUCAUGCCUAUAUUUUGGGAUUGGAAUUAUCAGGUAAUUGAUUGAUGCAAGAUUGAUAUUAUGCA